CUUGCUAAGAAUUAAUACAAAUAACUUUUAGGUGACCAUUGACUAUUCACUUUAUCUUUGCCAAGCUUCCCGAGGUCAUCUUUGACUUGUGGGGUCAUCAUCUUUAGCUACAUGGCUGCAGCAGAAAUGAUAAUGGGUACCCAGGGAUCUCUAACAAGGCGGCUUCUCGAUAUACCAGAAUAGGUUUCCAAAUGAUUGAAGAGCUCACCGUACAUGGUUUUAUCGUAAUAAGGCAGGAUCCAAAAGGGGUAGCUUCGGUUGGCACACUAGCGCGCUUUCUCCUUCUAUCUUCUCUCCGAACCUUCGAACCAAAUCUUGAACAUACGUUCAACACACUAAUUCGCAACUCGUCUUCAUCACAUCAUCGAGUCUCAAAUCGCAAUUAUGGCGUCAAAUACGGAAUACAACAGCUCCCUACCCAACGAUGCACAGCGUUCGUCCGCCGCGAGCUCGGCGCACGAGCAAUCCGUGUCUGAUCUGAUCACUUUCGCCGUGGAAGAUAGUCUCAACACCUCGUUGGAUUUCGAUGAAUCUUGUGCCUCUGCGUCUGCUCAGAUGAUGGAGGGGAUAAUGUCCUGGUUGUCGAUUCAAUCGAAAUCUCGUACCUCAGUCCCAGCACAAGCUGCAUCUGUCCCCUCCUCCCCACAACUCCCAGGGAGCGACCAUCGCUUCAUCUCGAAACCAAACCCCCAAGGUGGCCCUUCGACUUCACAUUACAACAGGAAGGAGGGCUUCUACUGGGAGAACUUGCCCACAGAACUUCGCCAACAGAUUUUCGACGAAGUAGAACGUGCUACACCUUCCCAUCCAUACUUCAAAAGGACUAAGAAACUUCCCGCUCUGGUAGUCGCACUGCGAGGCGUUUCAAAUGCCCAAGCACAUAUCCUCGAGCAUUUCCACAAGAUCAACAACGGCAUUCUUCACCUAAAGUGCCCAUCAGCGUUGAAAUCCAUGGACAAAGUUGAGCUAGCCAGUAUUCGGCAUCUCAGCCUAGAGAUUCACCUACGCAACAGGACCAGUGUCGUGGAUGGAUCCAUUACCCGACCAUAUGAGAGUCCCGACGAAUACGCAAAGCAUUUCUUGAACCUACCCAACAUCCGUGGAAUCAAAGCCCGACUCAGUUACUGGGAUUCACGCGAAACGAUCCACUGCAAGCACUUCAUUUGCCAUUUUCCACUCUGGCUCAAGGCGUUCAAGAACCUGAGGUGGGUGGAAGUGGAUAUCCCUAGAACAUGUGACGAAGAUGGGUGGACUUUGGACCAUCUGUCGAGCUCAGAUUUGGAGCUAGGCCUCAGGGCGCGGAUACAAAGAUGGAAUUUUAGGCGGACGGAGUCCUUGAGAUGUCCCGAGAUUUGGAGAUGGGAGGUUGAAGGAGAGGAUGGUGGGAUGGAUUGGUCGCAGGACAUUUGGUUGCGGUGGAGGAAAGUGUAUCCUCGAGGGUCGACUCAUCCAGAUACAUUGUUCAUUAGCCUUAGGGAUUGUUUGGUAAUGUAGACUGUUUCUGCUUCUUGUAUGCAGAGGAAUCAUGUUGCAAGACUCUACACCGGGGCCUCUGUUCACAUAAGGCAGG